AUGAUCCUGCCAAGUCUUUCUUGUAGAGCCUGCAGUUCCGUCCGCAGUAGCCUACAAGCCAUCAUCGUACGAGACGGCGUCUACUCAGUCUCGACCAAUCCAAACACAUACGCUCUCUCACUAUUUAAAACUCAAUAUGUGCGCUUCUCAUCCCACACUACAAGAAUCAGACCAAAUACCCGUCUAAGCCUGGACCUAACUCGCCAACCCUCCCGCCGAACCUUCCACGCAACCCGAAUAACCAACUUCGAAAACCCCUCCCUAAAACUCUCCUACCGCGUCGCUGUCUCCUCCUCCGGCAAAGGCCGCCGCUUCCACCCAGUCAAAAAUGCAUAUAACUUCGACCCCGCCGGCGACGCCCUAGGCGUGUCAAAAGACAGGAACUCCGUCAGUCGCCGUCGCAACCGCCCAGACUCAGGCGAAGACGCCUUCUUCGUAUCCCGCAUCGGAAACCGAAUCUCAGAUCACCAAGACACCAAUGCAGAAGCAGUCGCCUUUGGCGUUGCAGAUGGCGUAGGUGGCUGGACAGAAUCCCGCGUCGACCCUGCAGACUUCUCACACGGCCUGUGCAACUACAUGGCGCACACCGCACAGACUUGGCACGAGCCAGCCGAGCGCUUGCGCUCAAAGCAUCUCCUGCAGGCUGGAUAUGACCAGGUUGUGGCGGAUUCGACGAUCCGCGCAGGGGGUAGUACCGCUUCUGUUGGCGUCGCGCUGCCGGAUGGACGGGUCGAAUUGGCCAAUUUGGGUGAUUCUGGAUCGGUGUUGCUGAGGAAGGCGGCGGUUCAUCAUUACUCAGUUCCGCAGACGCAUGGUUUUAAUACCCCGUACCAGCUUAGCGUGAUCCCGCCCCGUAUGCGCGCCCAGGCGUCUGUCUUUGGCGGGGCCUUUUUGGAAGAUUUCCCCCGUGACGCGUCAGUUACGAAUGUGCAGAUGCAGCAUGGGGAUGUGCUCAUUAUUGCUACCGAUGGCGUUUUUGAUAAUCUCAAUAAUCAGGAUAUCCUCAAGCUCGUCACGAGCCGCAUGGUUAUGACCGGGGCGUGGACAGCGACUGAGUCUGGCGUUGGGGUCUCAGAGGACCUGUGUGCGCUGGCUGCGCCGAGUGGGCUGGCUGAUGCUCUUCCUACUCCGACGGGCUCGCCACUUUCCAAGGACCCAGCCAAUACUGAGUCUGGGCCUAAGGAUGGAGUCACGUUGCAGUCUGUUCUUGCUGCGACGAUUGCUGGCGAGGCAAAGAUUGCUAGUGUCGACUAUCGUCGCGAUGGGCCCUUUGCGAAGGAAGCUCAGCGCUACUACCCCGGCGAUUAUUAUCGCGGCGGGAAAGUUGACGAUAUCUGUGUUGUGGUUGUCAUCGCUGUUGAUGAUAGCGUUUCUACGGAUGUGUGA